GCCGCCCGCCCGGGCAGCCGCGGCUCUAGGAGGGACGCGCGGGGCCGCGGGGCGCCGCUUCCCGCCGGGGUAUUUAUUCCUCCCCUCUCGCUUAAGUUGCCAGCGGAGCGCGCUGGCCGGAGCCUGCCCCCCCCGCGCCGCGGAGGUGCGGGGUGGCCAUGGAGAGCCCCGCCGAGAACCCCAGCAAGGCGGCCGAGUACCUGAAGGAGCUGAACAAGAUUAUCGAGACGCAGCAGGAGCUGCUGGAGAAGCAGAAGCGGAGGAUAGACGAGCUGGAGCAGCAAGUGGCCAAGUUGUACCACGAAAAUGCCUGCCUGCAGGACGAGCAUCACCGGCACCUGGCCACAUGCCGGCUCCAGCAGGGCGUCCCCCCCGCGCCCCCGGGGGUGCUGAGCGCCAUCCAGGAGAACGCCAGGCACGAGAAGUCUGAAGGUGACAACUCAAGAAGCCUCAGGUCUUUAAAUACUCUGCACCAGUUUUGCUGUCCAGCUCCAUUGUACCAUUCCCAGCUAGCUGUCCCUGCCACACACUCAGAGUACAGUGAGACCUGUGAAAACAAAAUGAUAAUGCAAAGGAUGUUAUAGUACCAAAGAAAUCCCAUCAUUUUCUUGCAGUCUCUGCCUGCUUAAUGUUUAAUCAGCACCUCUGGGAGGUAAAACCAUCA